AUGUCGAUUGAGUCGAUAGACAAGUACGUCUUGGACGAAAUCGUGGAAGCAUGCGCAGACACCUCAGACAGCGCGGAAGAGCUUUCCAAGAAGCUGGUCAACAAGAUUGUAGCUGUUAAACGGUCGACUGGAUAUUUUGCGCCCACGCUGCACAACGAAGUGGCGAGGAUGAAAGCCAUCGGGGAAAGCGUCGAGGCUACUGGAAACACGCAGUCGCAAUUCUUCCAGCUACUUGCAUACGAUAUUGAUGACACGUCAGUAGCCUGGAUGGCAACCUCAACCUUUCCGAUUUGUCUCUCCCUCGAGGGUUUCAGGAGCCUAGGAGAGAUGCCUGAAGAUUUUCUAUGGGUAUGCUUUACGCAGCUGCAGCAAGGACUUGAAUUCCUUCACGGCGUCUGUGAUCCGACCAUUGUUCAUUGCGACCUGCACCUGGGCAAUAUCGUCGUCGGAUUCCCAGAUGCAGUACCAUCGGGAUUACCACAGGUAAAGAUUGUCGACUUUGGCGUAGCAGUGCUGCUCCACAAUGACACGCAAGAAACAGCGGUGUUGGCUGAAGACAAUGUAGCUUUCCUCGAACUACUGCAUUCUCUUAUUCAUAAGUGGGAUGGCGCCACGUGUGGAGAUUGCGCCGAUGCUACAGCACCAGAGCCAGGAGAGCAAUCCAUGAUUGGCAAGUUUCACGAUGACAUUGUUAAACAAUUAGAAUAUGGUAGCGGGGGUUUUGCGCGGAUUCGUGUGGGUUUAUGGGAACGGUUUGGUGACUUCGCGACGAUGCGGGGCGCUGCGGUGUCCAAGGCCUCGGAGCAAAACAUGCAGGGUGUCAUCAUGGACGACUUUGGUUCGCAGAAAAGGGAAAUGGAGGCGAGGUUGGAGGAGAUUAUACGAGAGCGUGUUCAGCCGCUUUCACAGUGA